AAUUUAGUAUAAAACUGCUAGCUUAACCACCGCAAUGGUAUCAGUUGAAUUCACUCAAUCCAACGACAAACAUCUCUCAACUUUUCUGCAGGGAACAUUCAAGUUAAUCGAGUAAUUUUAGAAACAAUGGCUUUUAAAUUGAUAACAGUAUUGUGCGCCACAUUGGCCUAUGCAAAUGCAGGUCUAUUGGCACAAACCGCGUACUCAGCACCAGUCGCUCAUUACUCAUCAGCACCAGCCGUGAGCCAUGUAUACAGUUCAGUUGCACACCAGCCAGCUGUCCUUGCACACGCAGCUCCAGUUGUAGCCGCACCAGCCUAUGCUCAAUCGUAUGCUGUUGCCCCAGCUGUCAAAACCUAUGCAGCUGCACCUGUAUUGCACGCACCAAUUUCGAAGGUUGCCUACUCCCCAGCAAGUGAAGUAAGCCACGUUUACAGCUCAAUCGCCGCUCCUCAGUACGCUUAUAGUGCUCAUGCCGCUCCUCAGUACGCUUAUAGUGCUCAUGCCGCUCCUCAGUACGCUUAUGGUGCUCAUGCCGCUCCACUUGCCAUCCAUAGCCCAGCCAUCGGUUCCAGCCAACAAAAUACAUACAGAUCUCUUGGUGGAACCAUAUCGACCCACUCGAAGGCUGUUAAUAGUGCAUUCUCAAGCGAUAUCAGAUCGGAUACUCGUAUCUCAAAUAAUGUUUACAUACCAGCUUUGGCCACCAAAACGAUUGCCUACCAACAACCAGCCAUCCUUGAGCAAAAACACAUUCCAGCCACGGUUGUAUCACACGUUGCUUUCGAUGGCAUCGGCGCUCACUAUGCUUGGUAAAUCAAAAUCAUCGAUAUGAACAUUCUAUUCGAACGAAAUCGAUAUUCGUUGACAAUGCAUGUAUGUGUGUGUGCUUAAAAAAAUCAAUUAUAAAUAUUUAUUAUUUUGUUUGUUCGCCGCAAUUAUUUAUGAAUAUUGUUGAUGAAUUGAAGAAAUAAAAAUUACCCAUAAUUUCACAAAAGAAAA